UUGAUGUAUAAGAAUAUGGAAAACGCAAUGUACUGUGACUUUGGAGAUAUGAACGCUAAAGCCAUUUGUCUUUCUUUCAAGGAUUCCAAGCUGCGAAUGUUCAUUCUGCUACCGAAUCAAGAAGAUGGACUACCACAGUUGUUGAAAAAGCUCUUCACUGUUGGUCCUACCGCGAAUGGCUGCGGUGACCAGCGUUUCCUGGAGAUGUUCCUCUCGUCGAUGCAUUAUGGCACACGAGAGGUCCAUUUAUACCUUCCCCGUUUCAAAAUCGGUGAAGGUGAACCUUCUAUGGACCUUAUUCCAAGCAUGAUGAAGUUGGGUGUCAGCAAGAUCUUCGAUGAUACCGUCGCUGACUUCUCAGGCUUGACUGAUAUUUCGGGUCUCUAUGUAUCUUCGAUCUAUCAUUGCGCUGUACUAGAGGUUAACGAAGAAGGAGCCGAGGCCGCGGCUGCCACUGGAAUUGGUAUGGCUUUCCGGUCCCGUCAUAUAGCUCCACCACCGGUGGAAUUUAAAGUCACACAUCCAUUUGUGAUUGCUAUCGCUGACAAUGCGGGAACACCAUUGUUUCUGGGUCACGUUUCCGACCCGAAAUAG